GACGGAAUAUUUUCGUGAAAUGUGAUACUUGAUUUAAGCAAUCAUACAGCGAAUCUUAGCUCGACUUCAAUGCAAGAAUCUCAUGUUUCGUUACGCGUUAUAUUCUGUAUUCAUUUCGAACAAUUGAUAUUCGAAAAUAUAUAUAAACAGUAUUCACCCGUUGUAAGGGUAUUGAUUUUAAAGUGAAUCAUAAAUUUACAAAUUUUGAGAGAACCUCGUCGUUGUCUGAUAAGGAUUACAGUGUAAAUAUUGAAAACACGGACAGUUUAACAUCGCAAUGGAGUUGAGACGCAAAAAGCAUGAUGCAGAAAGGCGACCGCUGAAGCUGAACAGCGCAGCAGGACAAACGUUUCAAGAGAAGGUUACACAGACAUACUUCGACGUAGACUUCACUGAUCGAUACUGGAGAACAGAAUCAGUUCACACCAUCCAAAACCCAAGACUCGCGCAGAAAUAUGCAGCUGCGCGAAUCGAUCUUGAAAAGCAGGGGAGACCAAAAGAAUGUUUGGACGAUGUCUUUGCGUUUUCUUACGGGACGGAGAAAAUAGUGCAAGAUAUUUGCCAAGAUGGCCAAAGAGUCGGCCUCAAACGUCGCCACGUGCUUGGCCACACCGGAAGUGGCGUCCAUCUUGUCCGCCACUACGACAUACUCACGCGCUACAUGGCACAGCAGAGCGUCUACACGCCGAUUUUUGUUGUUGUUUACAAGAUAUUACUGGGAAAGUCGAAACCUGUUCUUCCUCGCCUUCAUAAGCAGGACAAAUUUCUGAGACCAGUUGUUGGAUAUGAUAGUCAUGUUUCUGCAAGAAAUAUAGAACCGACGAUGCCUAUAUGUGAGGCUCUCAAUUGCAGCUAUGUGUAUCUUUAUGAGCACGACGAAGUUUCAUCCAAUACGGUGAAAUUUCCGCGCCAAAUAUUGCCAUAUGCUAUAAUUCAUUUGGUGAAGAAGGUUCCUGUAAUGACCGAAAAUCCUAUGUUGGCUAUGGCGACUCAUUUGUCAAGUUCUUCUGGAGCUCACUGGGAGGUCAAAGGAGAAACGAGGAGAGGUUUCCGGUUCAUGUUCUCCAAAUCUGGAUUAAAAGGCAAAUUUAAGACACUUGCCAAAGAGUUGCGCCAAUCCAGUAGCCGACGGAAGUCUGUACAGCACGGCUCAGGUAUAUCGAGGGCCAUGCUUCAUUCGUCGAAGGAUCGGCUUCCUGUAUUGAUAAAAAUGAGGCAGCAGAAAAAACACAUACAGUUCAAUAGUAAACCACCAAAAUUAGACGCUGUCAAUACACAAGCCCAUUUAGUACAUGGCACUGAUAUUGCUGGUUUUGUCAGCGAUUCAGAAUCUUUCUCCGGAAUAAACAUUGGAAACAUAAACUGUACAUAUGAUCAAAGCAGGCAAUUGCUCAUGAAGCCAUUUGUUAAGAUAAAACGACUUAAAAGAUCGGCCAUACCAAAAUGCUUGAUAUCAAAAGACCGGUUUAAAGAGAAAGACAUUCCUCCAACAACUGACAUUGAACACCAGGAAAAGCCAAAUACAGACUUGUCUGAUAAAAGCAAUAUCAAUGGCGAAGAACAGACACAUGGCUUAACAAAUGAAAGUGACAAAACUAGUGUUUUGGAGACAAUAAAUGAAGCGGUUUUACCAAAAACGUGUGCGACACCAAAAACAUCAGGAGACAUAUGUAAUCCAGCUGCUGAAAACAUGGCAACCUCCAGUGAUAAAUUGGAACAAAAGGAAGAUGGAGGUCAAAUGGAAACAUUGUUAUAUUUGGAAGGUAGAGAGAAGACAAAACCCGCCCUUCAUAAGAAAGGUAAGCCUGCUGGUAAGAUGAGGUAUACAACAAGACCAGGAAAGUUUGGACAAACAAAUCAAAUAAAACACAGAGAAAAAUGCAAGAGCACCUUGCAUAUUCCUAAUUUAUUGGAAGCGACUAAAGAUGUCGUAACUAAUCAGGAAAAUGAGUUGGCUUAUUUAUUCGAUCACGACCAGAAGGAUAACACACACGGCACAACAUUAAUUGAUGGAAGUCAUGUAGCUUGUCCAUUAGAUAGUAAAGAGCACGAUAUCAACACUGAUAAUACAGUUUCAGAAACUGGAGAAAAUAUUCGCAAUUUAACUCUCAAACAUAUUAUAACACGCACACUACCAAGUGCUAGUAAGCUUGAUAAACUCGAACCAUCAAAUUCAUUGGCUGAUGAUCAUUUUGGUUUCGCUUCGGUAACAGACGACACUUCUAGAAAUAAAAAUAUUUCAGCACAGCAAAACAGUAGUGAUUGUCAAGCAGACAUACACAAUCAAAGUUUAAGAAAGCUUGAAAAGAGCAUGUCUCCGCUUACUGGGUAUUUAGCGCCGGACAUGUUAAAUAUUUCUCCCGAUGUUACAUCAGCUUCUACAACUGUAACUGGUAUUGAUGAACACAAUAUUGCUUUGAGAGCCAACACUUUCGUAAGUGAUGAACACAAUGGUAGUAGAGUAGUUUCACAAUUAAUUAUAGCUGACAAUCUAGACAAAGCACCAGCAAUGAACUUAAAUCAUACAGAUGGUUCCCAUAACAAAAAUGCAAAUGAUAGACCAAAGUCCCCUAUUGAAAAUAUUCGUUUGGAACACUCAUAUACUAGUUGUGAUAAAGAUAAGGCUGAGUCUGUUUUUGCAAAAGAAAUCAACUUGUCAAGCCCUGAAGCAAAUUGCAUUGACCAAUGGACUAAGACCACUGACAAAGCCCCAAAUGAGAUCGAAACUUUGUCGACUUUAGAAAAGAGUUCUAUUCCACCGGCACAUCAGCAAAAAACGGACACACCAUUUGUAAAACAUUCAUUUGACAGUCAACUAGCUUUGCCUGAUAAAAUUUCGCUUACAAAGAAAAGCAAACAAAACACAGCGUCUGCUUUAGAUUUGUCUUUACCGCCUUCCAAAAAGAAAAAUACAGCAAAACAAAGGCCGCGGAGCGCUCAGAAAGAACAGUGUAAAUCCGCAUCUGUUACGCAAACUAGCAAAAAUAAAGGCACUAAGGGUCAGGUUCAAGGUUGUACGACCGUCAGAACUGAUAAAACAGGGGUUAAAGCAGGAAAAUGCGCUUUGACAAAACAUUGUACUUUAGAAAAUGAGGUUGUUCCUAAAAACAUUCAGACAUUAAGCAAAAACGAUCACCUUGAAAAAUCUAAAUCCAGGUCCGUUAACUAUACUUCAGAAAAGGAGGUCGACAGUAAAAACAUUUAUACAUUACACAAAACAGUUCAGCUUGAAGAAUGUAAGCCCUCUCAAGUUGAUAAAACCUGCACAAAUAAGGACAAAAAUGGCAAUUCUUCUAGAAAUGAUAGUACAGAUGUUGAAGCAGACGAAGGUGCAUUCCCUAAACAUUGUUCUUCAGAAAAGGAGGUUGGCAGUAAACACAUUGAGACAUUAAACAAAAAUGUUCAGCUAGAGGAUGGAAAAUCCUUUCCUGUUGAUUGUAAUUCAGAAAAUGAGGUUGGCAGUAAAAACAGUCAGGCAUUUAACAAAGACGUUCAGCUUGAAGAGAAUGAAUUAUCUACAGUUGAUCACACUUGCACAAAUCAGGAAACAACUGGCCUGAAUCGUAAAUCAUCUAAAAGUGAUACAUUGCCAAAACAGUGUACGUUAGAAAAGGUUGAACACAGUCAGACAUUAAUCAAAAACGUUCAGAGGCAAGAACGUAAAACGUCUUCUGUUAAUCGAACUACUAAAAAUAAGGGCACGAUUCUUCGACCAAGCACAUCAGUCAGAAAUGAUAAUACGGGGACUGAAACAAAAGAAAGCGAACUGCCAACACAUUGUACUUUGGAAAGGGGGCCUGUCGACGAAAUCGUUAAGACAUUAAAUAUAACCAUAGAAACAGAUAAUGAUACUAUUGCGAAGGUAAUGAAUGAUCAAGCAACAAUAAAGAAAGAAUAUGUACCACACUCCAAGGGCCAAGAUGUUUGUAAAUCAGUAUCAACGAGCCUAUCAAAACAAAUACAUUCAAACAGCAGUACAAAACGCGACGAUAAUUAUUCAACAGGUACUACAGUAAACGCACCGAAAGACAGGAAUUGCGAAAUCGAGUCGAUACCUCGGAAUAUUGAAUCUUCCGACAGUCGUGAAAUUAAGAACACGUUAAAUGCAUCAAAACCUGACAACAAGUUAUCAAGCAAAAUCAAUAACUUGCCCGAAUCAGAAACAAAAGGAUACAGACUUUUAACUAUUGACGAAGCAGAAAAAAUGGUUGUCGAAAAUUCUGACAGUGUAAAUUCUAAAACAAGUGAAUGUACUGGAAUACCUACAAUGGUGCAAGAAGCGUUGAACAACCCUCACGAUUUCAUACAAAGUACCAUAAGUAAAGAAUCGGGCAAACCAAAAUACGCAAAGUACACUGAUUUGGUGGGUAAGCCUGUAACGAUCGAUAAAGGUGUUGCCGAUAAAGUUAAAAACUUUCUUUCCAGCAAAGUCGCAGCUGCUGCAUAUAAAAGAAAAGAGGCACAAAAGGAAAAUGACCGUUUGCCAACUUUUGAUAAAAUCACGAAAACGCAACACCGGACUUCGGAUUAUAGAAGCCCAGUUGAAACAAAAGCAAACAAUAAUCAGAUGAUGGAUUUGCCUGAGCAGACUAGAAACCACCCUGACACAACUAAAGAUUCUUAUGAAACCAAAACCAAUGAAGAAAACAGCGCGUCUGUUAAACAAGAAAUGGUAGAAUCUGCAAAUGAGGUACAGAAUUUCAGAAGUGUAGCUAUUGAUAGCGCGGCAAAUGGCGUAACAAAGGUACACUCAGCGAAGGAUUCGCAGAAAAUGGUAAAUGCAGAUAAGGAAACGGCAAAUCAAAAGGAUCUGGGUGAUACAAGAAGUGCAAUAGUGAAAACAUUACGGGAGCUCUCUGUUGUCUUACAGUUCUUAUCAGAUAACAAUCAAAAAGCAACAAUGUCUAUGAAUGCUUUGCCCGAAUCUGACCGUGAUCGAUUUAAUAAAACAGAUAAUUCACACUUGUUAAUGCCAAGUGAUACAUUAGCGGUUUCCAAUGUUAAAACUGAAGACACCGACACUAACUUAAAAGGAAAAACAGACAACUCUGAGUUGCAGAAAACAACACAUGAACCAUGGCAAAAUAUAUCUAUUAAGGCAGAACCAGUCGAUGAGAUAGAAGGGAAAGUUGUAUGUGACGUUGAUUAUAGACAAAGGCGCAAAAGUUGUUUUCAAGUUCACACAGACGUCCAAUACAGCGAUAUCGAACGACGAGAUGAGCUGCCACAAUUAUUUGAUACUCAUGACCAAGAUGACAUUACAUUACUUGAACAUUUUGGCGUCCCAAUAACGUUUACUAGAAAUGAAAAAUCGCUGGAAAGGGAAACAUAUGUAAACAGUUCCAUAGGUUGCGUUGUACCUGUCCCUGAAAUUAAGAUGGAAACAACAAACACUUUUAGUAAAACAACGUGUCCUUCUAACACCCUUCAAAAACCAGGGGUACUAAAUAAGGGCAUUCACCAACGGAAGAACAUGUUUGAUGUCAAAACUUCAAAAACAAAAGUUUAUCCAAUACCAACAAUAAUCGGAAAUUUUCAUAAAACAACACCUACGGCUGAUCCAUUGGUAAAUAUGUCCGGUCCAUUGAAUGAGUCACAAGAGACAUCAGAGAGUGAAAUCCCAUCAUCUUUAAACACAAUUGUGACAAAACAGCCGGAGACGCAGAUUAUUGAAGACAACACUGAAAAUGCAAAGCUCGUGAUGCCCGCAAUACUUACAAACACAGAAGCUAUAGUUCCAAAUAAUUCGACCAAAGAAAGCACGGAACAUUUAAAAACAAACACGGAUAGAAAAAACAAUUUUGCAAAAUUAACAGAAUCUAUCAAUAGAGAAAAAACAAUUCCAAAAGAAGAACAGCCAAACAAAACAAAGGAGAAGCCAUCAGACAAAAUAAAUUCAGAUCCAAACGUUAUUCCUUUUCAUGAAGUAAUGAUCUUAAAAAAUCAGCAAUAUAGAAAAUACUUGCGAGGCACUACAAGUAAAAGGUUUAUCGAUUACAGUGACAUACGGAAGAGAAGGAAAGAGAGAAUAGAAUACGAGCAUUCGAAGAAAAAAACAAGAUCCAAAUCUAGCGAACGUAAUCGUAGACGAACACAUUCAUCUUCAGACCAAAAUGAACGUAGCCGAACGAAAAGCAAAAGUAGACAUAGGUCACAUUCGCCAUACAGGAAACAUCGGUCUAGGAGCAAAAGCCAAUCCACAAAAGAAACGAGCAAACGCGCGCUUUCAAACGAUGGUAGACGCAAGGGAAUGUCUGAAAAUCAAGACGAGUCACACUCGCCAUACAGGAAACAUCGGUCUAGAAGCAAAAGCCAAUCCACAAAAGAAACGAGCAAACGCGCGCGGUCAAACGAUGGUAGACGCAAGGGAAUAUCUGGAAAUAAAGAGGAGUCACAUUCGCCAUACAGGAAACAUCGGUCUAGAAGCAAAAGCCAAUCCACAAAAGAAACGAGCAAACGCGCGCGGUCAAACGAUGGUAGACGCAAGGGAAUAUCUGGAAAUAAAGAGGAGUCACAUUCGCCAUACAGGAAACAUCGGUCUAGAAGCAAAAGCCAAUCCACAAAAGAAAAGAGCAAACGCGCGCGGUCAAACGAUGGUAGACGCAAGGGAAUAUCUGAAAAUCAAGACGACUAUACAAAAUCGACAAAAAAAUCAAAAGUACAAACGUUUAACGGUUUCUUUUCUUGGCGUCGAAAGUAUCGCAAACGCAAAGAAAACAGUACACCAGGUGCACCCUUUUUUCCGGGAAUUGCUGCAACAGAAAGCGCUAAGCUUAAUCGAAAAAAGCGCGAAAAAGAACGAGAUUAUCUGCGAGAAAAAAUUGAAAAUGCUAUAAAGGAAUACCGCCGCACUUUCCAAGACACCACUGGAGAUAAAAAAGGUGAUACUAAAGUUGCAAGUUAUUUACACUAUUUGACAGAAAAACUCCAAAUUCUUCAAGUGAAACGAGAUAACAUGAACAGCAAUACUGGACAUGGAAGGAACAAGACACAGGGACUAGUUGAUAGAAGCGCCUAUAAAUUCAGAGACAUGUUCUCACCCGAGUCAGUAAAAAGUAACAAACCAAACGAGUGCAUUAAAACACCUAAAAAUGAGGAAGAACUAGAUGACCUUUUAAAAACACACCUUCACAGACAUUAUGAAUAUUUAACAAAACAAAUAAAGGAAGAAUUGUUCAGCCAGCUUGUUGGAAGUGCAAACACUCCGGGAUCAAUUGACGAAAGUAUGCUUAAUGAUAUGCGAAAAUGUAAUGAAAGUCAUGCAAGUGCUAAAACAGAAACUUCAUUUGAUAGCAGAGACAGAAAAAAAUUCAGUCAAGGUAAUAACGAAUUUCAUCAGUGUUAUUCAGGUACCAAUAGGAAUGGUCAAAUGGAUAAUAAGCACUCGAACUUUCAGUCUAAUGCUAGAAUUGCUCAAUAUUACGGAAGAGGAGGAUUCAUGAACCAUGCUCCUUUUGUACCAUUCAGAGGUCGAGGACGAGGUCGUUAUCCACGUAGACCUUUCCGGGGGUUUCGGGGUAGAUGGAUGGGCAGGAGUUUCUAUGGCAACAAUUCUAGAAAUCUGCAGACUAUUUCUACAAUGGAUGCGCAUGGAGCUGAAAUGAAAAAUAACACUGGUAUCACAUGUGAAAUAGAUCGCAGUGUUGUCGCAAAAGACGAUAUUGUGGACGAAUUUGAUGCACGUUUUUAUAGACAAGGCUUUUCUGCAACACAUGCAGAACAAGACAGAGCAAAUGGAGGAAAUGGAAAUGAUAGUACGUUAUCAACUUCCGAAACAGAAAAACGUAAUGAUCAUGUAGAAACCAGUUCACUCAAGGUUGAGACCAAACUUCCACAGAACCAAAAUACACAUGAAAACGAGCAUGUCGAUCAACUUACCAUUAUGCCGGUUGACCAUGUCAAGACAUCGAACAUGCUUCAAGAUGUACACGGUGCACUGACCGAAACCAUCGAAGAUAUUCGAGCAGAAGGUUCUAGUUGUACGAAGAAGACCGAAGCCCAAGCAGAAAUCACUAAGUCAACACCUCAAAUUGACAACACCCAAAUGCAUACAUCAGAUCAAAGUCAAAUGGAUAAUAAAGAUGCUAAAUUGGAUAUUCAAGAGAAAACAGUUGAAAGUCAAGCAAAUAAUAUCAACACAGUAAGCAUAUCCACCCAAAAAGACAAAUUGGAAGAUGAGAAUACAAUUCAACCACCAGCUGGUGACGGUAUGAGCAACAUUGAGAAAAUGAUUCGUUAUUUUCGCGAAUAUAGUGAUAUUGAGGAUGUUAGUACAAAUGAAAAUGAGUUUGAUGAAAACGGCAUUGGAAAACAGUCAAAUUCACAAACACAAACUCAACGAAUGGAAAAGGACGAUUAUGAUUUACAUCGUGAAAGAUUACAAAGUUUACGUGAUAAGGAUACCAGAAUAGAUGGCCAAGAAACUAAAAUGCUGUGUUCGAAAAAUACUGAGGCAAAAGAAAAUGAUGGAAACCGGGCAGAACAUUCGCCAUCUAAAGUGGAGUCAGAUUUUGCCCGGUAUGAAAUAAAAUUUGUGAGAAAAAUGUCUAAAGAUACGGAAUCAGAAUUAGAAAGGAAACGCAGUGAGCUUGCUGCAAGUAAAUGGGACACCUAUAAUCCAGAUGAAGGCGAUCGGUCAUUGUCUGACUUAGAAAGCGAGCGAUCAAACUUAGAAAAAGAAUUAGGAAUAGAAAGACGACGAAAUGUGCAAGCUCGAUAUCUCAGACAGGAGCGAGAAAAUAAAAAUGAAAGAGUAUUUAAAGAUGAUGAAUAUUGCCGAAAUAAGGACAGUAUUAUAGAAAAUCGGAAUAUCCGAGAAAACAAACAAUAUCAAACUGAUCGGAGAAGAAAUAGGGAUAACAACAGAGAGAGUGAAACAGAUGACCUAUUGAGACGAGACAGCAUUUAUAAACGAAGACGUAGUUACGAUGAAGGUUAUCCUGAUGAAUUUAGACAAGAACAUGAGCAAGGGAGGAGUGUUAAUAGGAUCGACUCAUGUGAAAGAGAUGAAAGAACAGAACUUGAACGCGUCGCUGUCGGCAGAUCAUUCGACCAGUAUGAGCCCACGCAUGACUACGACAGGGAACCACGACGAGCAUUACUAGAGUGUGAUCGUUUUAGAGAUAAGUCAGAGAGGAAUAUGGUCCAAUCGCCCGAACACCACUUAAUUUCUAGGAGAUCAAACGAUACAAGCAUAGAUCGUGAACAUGGUCAGGGCAGCAAUUAUGAAAGAGAGAGGAAAGAUUCCUUAGAAAGUGAAACGAUUCCGAACGAUUACAGGCAUGAACGACGUCAACGGAGUUACGACAUCGACUAUGAAACAUGGGAAAAUGACUCACACGGUUCAUCCAAUAAACGAUCGUUUAAGUCAAAUAACGACGGAGAAUAUGAAUACGAAAGAAGACUUUUGGAAGAAGAAAGAAGGCGCAGCGCAUAUGAUAGUCUGACAAGUGAAUACAUGGAUAAACGAACAGAAACAUACGUUAAUGUACGUCGUGACAUCCAAAGUACUGAUCUUGAAAUACAGCUCAUAGAAAAGGAGAAAAAAGAAUUAGAACGUGAAAGGAGGGAGCUAGAGCUAGAAAGAUUACGAAUGGCGCGGGACAAAGACGUGAUUGAACUUCAGCGUCUAAAGCUUAUGAAAGACGAAUCAGAACGAUAUUCAUUCAGUUCCAGAGGACAUUUUUAUAAAUUUCGACCAGCAUACAGGCCGUAUUAUUUUCGAGGAAGAGGACGAGGAUACAGAGGAAGUUAUCAUACACCAUCAUAUACCAGAAGCAAAUAUGACUUAGACAAAUACACGCAUUCAGACAGCGAAAGGAUUGAAAGAGAUGACAGAAGUUACAGGGACGACAUUGAUAAACAUUAUAGGUCGGCCAAUGAUUUUAGAGGGGAUGGUCAUGAGAGACAUUUUAGGUCAUCUCGAGACUACAGAGAAGAUCGCGACAGAUAUUCCGGAAGGUCUUCGAGGGAUUCUAGAGAGGAAGAUCGCGACAAAUAUUCGCAUAGGUUUUCAAAGAGUUAUAGAGAUAGCGAUUAUGACAGACAUUACCGGUCUUGCAAGGAUGAUAGAGAUGGUGAUGACAGAGACGGUGGUGCUAGAGAUAGCGAUGCUAGAGAUGGCGAUGCUGACAGGCAUUACAGGUCUUCCAGGGGAGAGGAUUCUUAUCAUUUAAUUUCAAGCAGAAUGAAACAAGAAAAAGACGAUGAAAGUGAAAGUGUAACCACAGGUGGGAGUGAUGUAGAAAAGAAUAGGGUGAAAUCUGUGGUAGUACAAAAAUCUUGAGUUUGGAAACAUAUAUGUUUAUAAUAAUGUUUUACAUUUUGUGUGUGUUUUUGUUCUUGUUCAAAUUGACUUGAAACAGACUGAGAUACCGAUGCUUUAAUUUGUUUUUAUUUGUAUAAUUUAUGUACAUAAGAUAUCCCAUAGACUAUAUGCAUUUGUAUCAAUGAUGUCAUAUGAAUUUAGUACGUUAUUGUAAUAUAUUUGUUUUGCAGACCUUAUUCUAUUUCUGUAACUGGAUUUUAUACUUAAUAUUCUAUUAAAUGAAAUAUGUUAAUAUGUUUCACUUUGACCCUUUAUUAUGUCAUUUAAUAGUUUUAAGUGUUUGACUUGCUGAAUGUUGUGAAAUUAAAUCGAAUAACCAGUUUGUAUUUGUGGAGAGCGUUUUUCUCCAUUUCCUAAUAAAUACAUUGA